AUUCUGAUGGUGCUUUGAAAUAGAUCAGAUAAUGAUUCACAUUUCUCAGGCUUCAGUUCUGAUUAUACCAGGUCAAUGCCAUCCUCCAUACAUCUCAAUCUCUCAACAUUAUGUAGAAAGGGUUUACUGAAGGAAGCGCUACAUAUUCUGCUUACCACUCACAAUCCCCCUGUACGGUAUUCUAUAUAUCUUCAACUAUUGCAGAUCUGCAUUGCCAAGAAUGUGCUCUCAGAAGGCAAAAAAAUCCACUCUUUAAUCACUGAAAGGCAAUUUGCAUUUGUUACAAGAACAAGUUUUCAUAAUAAGCUUGUCGAUAUGUAUGGCAAGUGUGGGAGUUUGGUUGAUGCUGGUAAAGUUUUUGAUGACAUGAAAGCGCCAAACAGCGGGUCGUGGAAUGCCAUCAUUGCAGCUUACAGAAGACAUGGGUAUCCUCACGAAGCAUUCAAACUUUUUCACCAAAUGCAACGAACAGGUUUUCAGCCUAAUUCAUUCACCUUUACCAGCAUGCUCCCUGCCUGUGCCAAAUUAAGAGCUUUAAAACCGGGUUUGGAAUUCCAUGAAAGUAUAAUAGAAAUGGGAUUUUUGUCAGAUGUUGUAGUUGCAAGUGCCUUGUUAGACAUGUAUGGAAAAUGUGGAAGCUUGCACAAGGCACGUCAGCUGUUUGAAAAAAUUCCUCAAAAAAAUGUGGUCUCUUGGAAUGCGAUGAUUGUAGCGUAUGUACAAAAUGGUCAUCUUAACGAGGCUCUGAAGCUUUUCGCAGAAAUGCCUGAAAAAAACCCCACCUCAUGGAAUGCCAUGGUUGCAGGCUAUGCACGAUAUGGAUUUGUGGAAAAAGCCUUGGAGACAUAUAAGCUAAUGGAAUUGGCUCGGGUAAAGCCAAAGCCUACAACCUUUGCCAGCAUUCUCCCUUGUUGUGCCAAAUUAGGAGCUUUGGAUCAGGGUAUGGACAUCCAUAAGAGCAUAAUUGAAAGUGGUUUUUUGUCGGAUGUUGUAGUUGUGAAUGCACUGAUAGAUAUGUAUGCGAAGUGUGGAAGCAUAGAAAAGGCACGUGAACUGUUUGACGAAAUGCCUCAAAGAGAUGUGAUUUCAUGGAAUGCUUUGAUUGCAGGAUAUACACAAAGUGGCGCUCUUGAUCAGGCUUUAUCACUUUUUAAAGAAAUGCCUCAACGAAAUGUUGUCUCAUGGAAUGUGAUGAUUGCAGCAUAUGCACACAAUGGGUUUUCUGAAGAGGCUUUGGAAACUUUUAAGCAAAUGCAAUUGGCAGAUGUAAAGCCAGAUUCCGUCACUUUUGUUAGCGUCCUCCCACUCUGUAGCAAACUGGAAUCAUUAGAACAGGGUAUGGAUAUCCAUCAAAGAAUAAUUAAAAAUGGAUUUUUAUCAGUUGUCAUCGUUGCAAAUUCCCUUAUAGACAUGUAUGCAAAAUGCGGAAGUAUACACAAGGCGCGUGUACUGUUUGACCAAAUGCUUCAAAGAGACGUUGUCUCGUGGAAUGCAAUGAUUGCCGGAUAUUCACAAAGUGGCGACCUUGACCAGGUUUUAAGGCUUUUCGCAGAAAUGCCUCAAAGAAAUGUGGUCUCUUGGAAUGCAAUGAUGGCAGGCUAUGUACAAAAUGGGUUUGUGGAAAAGGCCUUGGAAGCAUUUAAUCAAAUGCGAUUGGCAGGUUUAAAGCCGAAUUCUGCAACCUUUGCCAGCAUCCUCCCGGCUUGUGCUGAAAUGGGAGCCCUGGAACAUGGUAUUGGCAUCCAUCAAAUCAUAGUUGAAAGUGGGGUUCUGACAGAUGUUGUAGUUGCAAGUGCCCUGCUAGACAUGUAUGCAAAAUGUGGAAGCAUACACAAGGCACGUGAACUGUUUGACAAAAUGCCUACAAGAAAUGUCAUAUCAUGGAAUGCUAUGAUUUCAGGAUAUGCACAUAAUGGGUUUUGCAAGGAUUCUCUAAAACUCUUUGAACUUAUGAAGCACUCUGAAACAUACCCUGACCAUGUAAGUUUCGCUGGUGUUUUAGUUGCUUGCAGUCAUGCGGGUUUAGUGGAUGAGGGCUGUAAACACUUCAAUGGCAUGAGUGAUACUUACUGCAUUGUGCCUACAAUUGAUCACUAUGUGUGCAUUGUUGACCUUCUUGGUCGUGCUGGCUAUCUUGAAGAAACUCUGAACUUUGUCAUCAAAAUUCCAGUUAACCCUGUGGCGGUUGUGUGGAUGUGUUUGCUUGGUGCCUGUAGAUCACAUAAGAAUGUGGAGCUAGGAUUAUUUACAGCAACUCUCCUUUUUGAGAUGGAUCCUAAAAAUGAUGCGGCCUAUGUUCUUCUAUCAAACAUCUAUGCAGAAGUGGGUAGGUGGAGUGAGGUGCAAAAGGUCAGGAAAUUGAUGAAAGAUAGAGGAAUUAAAAAGAUACCUGCAUCUAGUUGGAUUGAAGACCACAAAAUGUUACAUGCUUUUUGUGUAGGAAAUGACUCACACUCGCAGAUACAGGAGCUUUAGGCAAAGUAGGUGAAACUCUUGAAAGCUGAAGGCAGUAGGGCUAUUUGCCAGGUUCAAGACAUCACUCAACAUAUUGAGUGAUGUGGAGCAGGAAAAAGAAUAUUGUAGUGGUAAUUUGGCACAUGCAUUUGGAUUAUUAAAACAUGCCCCUUUGUUCAACUAUUAGAUUCCUCAAGUUUGUUUGGGUUAGGGAGAAAACAGAAUUAUUAUAUUAAUGAGUUUAAUCUUAUUUUUUAUCAUCA